AAAAGGCGAGGCGUAAUGGAAUCGAGCAAGUGACAUUCUGAUACAGACAAAAUAUAAGACAUUGGCUAGAAAUAUAGGAACAUGCAAUGUGAAGCCUUAGGGGCGAACGGAGUUUUUUCCCUUAGUACCAAUGCUUUCUCAGAUCGACAAUUACGGGAAACGUACCUGGGGCUGAUUAAGUUUAAUUACGUAAUAUUCAUACUAUCAUGAGUAUUUUUACGAGGACUGGAAACUCAAAUGAAUGAAUUUCUAGCGAAAUUAGAACGCAAUAGCUUACAGUAAAUUAUCUUACUGAAAUUUUGAAAUAUGGUAUAUAUGAAAGUUGAACAUCCUAUUUUCUCAACUAGGAUUGAGAAAAAGGAAAUGACACAUGGUAGGCCAGAUAUUACAGAAAACGUGUGCAAUUUAUUUUCAUUCUUUAAUAAAGUAUGGUAUUAGACGAGCUAAAGGCGCGAUGAUAAAUGAUUCUUGUGGAAUAUUUGACAAACUGGAAAAACCCCGCAGGACAAUUUUCGUGGAAGAUUGCAUAAAGUGGUCGGUUGUCGCUGCGUUCUUUAGAGAGAUAAAGUGUCAAAUAUAUCCACACACCGGCAGGAAUUAAAGUGAUAAAAAUUAUGAAUAUUCCAUUCGGGAUGAUGUAUCAAUGCUCUUCGUUACUUCGCGUAAUUUGUCCGCUAAUGACGGAGAUAUAUUUCCAGUAAGUGGCCUUCGAUAUGUAUUUUGAUACAGUUAUCCAGGGUUGGUUUGAAGCUUGGUUAAGAUUUUGCAUGUGUCAGGAGUGAUUAUCUUGAAUCCUAACCCCCUGCACGCUCCUCUUCAAAUUUCACCCCAAAUCUGUAGGCUUAUUUCUGUUAGAUGUUUUGACACAGCAACCACAGGACAUUUUAUCCUUCUUUUAUGGAGUUCGGAAAAAAACAGAGAUUCAUUGAACCCAAAAUUAAGAACGUCUUAAGGGUUGGUAUUUGUUAUAUGAUAAUUAAUUUCAAUGAAAAAUCUGUUCAAGCAAGUAUAAUUGUCGGCUAGAAUUAGUGCAUCUGUGGUUGCCAACAGAAAUGAGGUGAAGUGUUUCAAGAGAAUACGCCAAAGGUCAAUGGAACUAUUUACUGUACCUACAGAUACAUACAUACGAAAGAUGCUAAAUUUUGUAAACUAAUGGAAAACGAUUAGCCUUCUAUGUUAAUUAUUUUCAAAAAUAAUUUUAAUGAAGUCUUUUACUGUUAUGCGAUAUAACAAACCAGUACUUCAUAUAAAAAUAAUUGUGUAAAUUAAAUAAGGACAGUGUUAAGGCAUAAUUAUAUUCAUGAUGAAAUCUAUUUAAAUAUACUAUAAGUAUAGUUUUUUAUCAGACCCAUUUCAAAAUAUUUCAUAUAAAUAGAUUUAUUCUGGCCAAAAUCUUGAAAGAUAUUCGUUCCAAUAAUCCCAUGGCCAUCGACCGAUUUUGAUAACCAAUUGCAGAAAGAAUCACUUUGCAGAUGACACUGUACUUGUAAUUAAUUGAUAACAGGUUCGAAAUGAAAAAAAAUGUCAAUUCCUUCAACAAAUGCUCUGUAGUCCUGUUCGUUUCAGUGUUAGAGAGUAGCACACCAAAGAUCGCUAGCCAGUGACGUAAUCGCAGGCUAUUUCUGAAUAGCGGUGGCAGCAGAAGCUCGCUUCUAACAAGCUUCUGUAGUGGUUUUGACAGCAACACAAAACCUUCUAGCAGAUCGAGAUAGCGAAUGAUGACAAUUAUAUAACCUGUCGAUGAAAGCAUUUCUAUAACAAUAUCAACAUUUUUUCGAAACACCAUAUGUAAAGAUUAAGAAAAAAUGGCGAGUUCAUGACAACUCUCAUAAACAAUGUAUGAUGUCAGAUGUCAAGAAAAAUGUUCCGAAAUGAUAUGAGAUAAGAUUUCACUCAUUGCUGACUUGCUUUUUCUUCACCUCGAUUCAAGAAUCGUGUAGAUCUAAAAUAAACUAAUUGGAGAAAUCCGGUGGUUUUUUCUUUACAGCAGAGAUUUUGGUUGAGAAAAUGAAAUGAAAGCUUCGAAGGAGCGUCAUUUCUUAGAUUUCCGUUGGCAAAAUGCUUAAGUAAGGUCAUGCAAUCGAAGCAUUUUGUUAAUGGCGGACAAAAUGCAGUGUUCGUAGAGACAACCACUUCAAAGCAUUCCAAAAUAAUCACAAUUCCGUAAUUUCAAGACUCUUUAAGACACCUCAAUUGAUGAAGCAAUGACUUACCUGUCUCCACCAACAUAAAUGUACUUUAAACUGCAAUCCGCUUCAAUCAUGAAUAUGUUACGUUUUUCUAAAAAGUAUGAAUGCGAAAUGGAAUUGAAUAUUUAAAUGAAAUAUUUUAUGUCUUUAAAAUUUAUAGAAAGUAGAAAGUAUAUCUGUAUUAUCUAGCAGACAUGGCCGAUAUAGUUACCCAGUAUAAGCUGCGGUACACAAUUGUCAAAUCAUAUUACUGGAUGGGUCUACUUAGAGCUUGUUUCUGUACAAGCAGAUAGCGAGCGUGCGUUCAGUUACUAACAUUGAUUCCUUGACAAGAGAGCGGCUAAAGCCAACCUCUCUUGUAUGUACGCUACAACAUGAAUUGUAUGGAACUUAAGUUUCUCUGAUCCUUGGGAUAAAUCGUGCUCACGAGUUCAGGUGUCCAAUUAACUCGGAACAAAUAAGAUUACCGACUAUUCUGCAUUACGAGGAAUGUUGACAAAAGAAGGCAACUUGUUGCAGUGUUUCCUUUGACGGCGUUCAUGGAAUAUCCUUGUUAAUCUUGCGAAUGGAAUUGUGAAUAAAAAUCGGAUAUUUAGUUGAAUGAUAUCUUCAGCAAGAAGUGAAGUUAUGGCUGCAAACAGUUCGGACUAUAUCUGGACGACCACGUCAAGUUGGGAUAUAGUGGACAUUUCUAACCAAAGCAACUCCUCCAUAUUGGCAACGCGUCUCUCUGAUUUGCAUCAUGUAAGUCCCGUGAACCCCUAUCACCCAUUCGCAUGGCCAUUAGAGGUAGCGGUUAUAUUCAUCAUUCUGUAUUCAAUGACAACGUUAUUGGCCAUUAUUGGCAAUAUAGCAACUAUUAUUGUUUUCACGAAAGGUAAACGGUCAAAAACGGAUAUCAGACCCUUUUUAUUAAAUCUGGCGUUUUCGGAUUUAAUCAUGGCAAUAUUUUGUAUUCCGUUUACAUUUACACACGAACUGUUAGGUACUUGGGUGUUUUCUAGGCCCAUGUGUCCGAUAGUCGUAUUUCUACAAACUGUCUCCGUUUCUUCAAGUGUCUCAACCAAUAUGGUGGUUGGUAUUGACCGUUUUCAUGCAAUUGUCUCCCCUUUGAAAUCCCACAAUGCAACAUCUCGAUCAAAAAUUAUUAUAUUGUGCAUUUGGAUAUUUGCUGUAUCUUUGAGUGCUGUUCAGUUGAAAGUGUGUGAAACUACAAACAAAAACGGAAGUAUGCGGUGCGACGAGGAAUGGCCGACCGACGGAUUAAGAAUCGCGUACUCUGUCAUAGUUCUGAUGCUGACUUACGUUAUUCCGCUACUGAUUUUGACUUUUACUUAUUCCAUAGUGGGCUGUGUGUUAUGGAAACGUAAAACGCCCGGAAACGCCGACGCUCAGCGAGAUUCAUAUCAAAUAAAAUCCAAAAAGAAGGUGGUGAAGAUGCUGAUCACCAUUGUCACCUUCUUUGGCCUGUGCUGGCUGCCUCUGCACUCCUUCAUUCUGGUUAUGGAGAUCACCAACAUGGACAGGUGGGCGGACAGUGACCUCCAGAAGGUCCUAGGGCACCUCUACUUCGUGGCCCACUGGUUGGCCAUGUCCAAUUCCUUCGUGAACCCAAUCAUUUACGGAUUUAUGAAUGAUAAUUUCAGGUAUGACUUGCGAGCACUCCUUUUCCAGCUCAGUCCGUGUAUCAUUCGACAUUCAAGAGGUCGUCAUAAAGUGGUCAAGAAAAAAUCCCGAGGAAACGGGUACCAACUGUAUAAAUACACGUGUGCUAACACUUCAGACUCAUGUUCUUCGAAAGACAAGCCGUUUGGAAGAAGCCGCACGCAAGUUACAAAAUUUGGAAAAAAGACAAAAACUGAGGCGAGCAGGAAAAUGUCGUCUGCGUCGUGUUAAGUUUUCUUUUUAUAGAUAUUCGAUUAGAAAUAAAAUUUUGAAUUGG